UAACACCAAAACAAUUCAAUUUCCACGUGCAGCAUGGAACUUAAAAAAAUGAAACCUCUAACGGAUGAUACGGAGGAAUCUCCUACAGAAUUGGCCGGCAAGAAGCGCCGGAACCCUUUCAAUACACAGCGCCUGAAGGAGGAAAAGGAACGCCGCCAGAAGAAAAGGGCACGACUAAUCGUCCGAAACAUCAGCUACAAAUCUACAGAGGAUUCCUUGCGGGAACACUUUUCGCAGUGGGGCGCGCUGGAGGAUGUGCAUAUCCUGAAACGCGGUGACGGCAAGCUAGUGGGCUGUGCCUUUGUCCAGUAUGAAACCAUCAACCAGGCCACCAAGGCGAUCCUGAAGUCUAAUGGCAAGGAGCUAAUGGGACGGAAAAUAUUUGUGGAUUGGGCCCUCGGUAAGGAUGAGUACGUGGCCAAAAACCCCAAGGAGGAGGAGCCGGAGGAGAAAAAGCCGAAAGUUGAGUUAAACGAGGAGAGUGACGACGAAAAGGAAGUAAAAGAGGAAAGCGACGAGGAAAAUGGUGAGGAAGAGGGCGAUUCCGAGGUGGGUUCUGAUGCAGAAUCGAAUGAUGAUGAGGAAGAGUCUGAGGGUAAGGACGAUGACGACGACGAGGAUAAAAAGGAAGACAAAGACGAAUUAAAAUCAAAAUUAAACAUUGAAAAUAUCAAAAAGGAGAAACAGAUUUCCAAUGACGUACAAGAAGGUUGCACGGUGUUCAUUAAGAACGUGCCCUUUGAUGCCGAGGAUUCGGAUCUGCGAAAGGUGUGCAGAAAGUUCGGAUUGGUCAGUUAUGCCAUUAUCAAUCGCCAGGCGGUUUCUGGUCACUCCAAAGGCACGGCCUUUGUUAAAUUCAAGGCUAAGGAGUCGGCCGAUCUGUGCCUUCAGGCUGGCACGGAGUUUAAGCUAAUGGAUGAAGUUCUGGACCCCCACCCGGCCUUAAGUCGUGAUGAAAUGAAGUCUAAGCAGGAGCAGAACAAAAAGGAAGAUGCCAAGGACUCUAGAAACCUGUACUUGGCGAGAGAAGGUCUGAUCAUGGCUGGAGCAAAGGCAGCUGACGGAGUUUCCGCAUCAGAUAUGGCCAAGCGCCAUGAACUGGAGCAGGUGAAAACUCAGGUUUUAAAGAACUUAAAUCGGUUUGUUUCCCGCAACCGCUUGUCUAUCCACAAUCUUCCUUUAAACUAUGACAACGAAAAGCUUAAACAAAUGGCGCUGACAUACACUGGUUUUCGGCCCCACGAAUGCCGAGUGAUGAGGGAACAAAAGGUUACCCCGGAGCAUCCGCAGGGAAAGUCCAAGGGCUUUGGUUUCCUCUCCUUUGACACGCAUCAGAGGGCUCUUACUGCCCUGCGGAAAUUGAACAACAACCCGAAUAUUUUUGGAACACAGCACCGUCCUAUUGUGGCCUUUAGUAUAGAGGAUCGCGCCGUUCACAAAAUCAAAGAGAAACGGACGGAGCGCUCCAAGUUAAAUAAUCCCACCUACCAGAGCAAGCAGCAGGAACGCAAGGAGCGCCGCCAGCAGAAACGCAAUGGCCAAAAGACCAAACCGCCGGGUCCCCAGACCGACAAUAAAGCUAAGCUGCAGAAACACAUAAAGAAAUUGGAGGCAUCGCGCGCAGCCAAGAUGGAGGGCAAAGCCAAAGAGGAGAAGCAGCUUAGCGACCUCCAGAGCGACUAUGUGGGCACGGCUGCCAAACCGGGUACGGCGCUCAAGAUGCGCUCCAAAAAGAAGAUAAUCGAGCAAGCCAAAGAGCAUUUGAAGAAGGUAAAGACCGAAAAGCGCAAGCAGAAGAACAAGAAAAUUCGGGAAUCGCAUCUGGCAGAGCGCAAGGCCAAUAAUCGACCCAAGCAGGGACGCAAGAAGGAAAUGGAUGACCUGCGACCCCUAAUUAAUAAGUACAAGAACAUGAUUAGUGGGAAUCAAGGCGGUGGCGGUGUCAAGGGUGUCACGGGAGGUAAAAUUAAGAAGCCCAAGCGUACCAAGUGGUACACAGAGUAAAGUUUCCCUGUCUAGCUUAAGAAAUGUCGUUUUAGCAAUAAAACUGUAAAUGAGAAAAACAA